AUUGGCCAGAUUUUCAUGCCUGUCACUAUCGCGAAUUGCCUUAGUUCUUAUGUCAGCCCGGCGUUUAUAUUGAACAUCCACUUUUCGCCAUAAGCUGAUCUGAGAUACAGCGACUCAACUCACAUUCAUAUCGAACAUCCGCGUGCGACCUUUUUCGACAACGAACGAAUUGAUGACGCGGAAUCAUCCAUUCCGACAUGGCAACUCCAAAACCCAAUCCCACGUCUCGCCGGCAUUACCUAGACCAGCUAAGAACCUAUUGUACAGCACAUGUUAUCGUUCAUCACACUGCGGGUGCAUAUGGUUACGGGGGCGCUGAGGGACCUCACUCCGCAUGCUUCGAUAAAUCCUCACCACUUUUGACAGCUUUCCUUGCAGUUAACCUGGCAUUCGGCCUGGGACAGUUCUUCUGGCUAUCUGGAUUCUUGUCAGCCGAGUCGCUCUCAAGGUCCACGGACUCGAAGUUCGUGAAGAGCAAACUCUUACGCCUAGGAGUUCCAACGCUACUCUAUUCUGCAUUUCUCGAUCCGCUCUUUGCAGUUUUCCGUCUUCGUCAAUGGGACUUCGAUUCUAUCAAGAAGGCAUACAUCGAAGCAUUCCUCAAAUUCAGGGGCGCGUGUGGCUCUGCCUGGUACACUGCAACACUACUUGUUCUUGACCUAUGCGCAGUUCUCUUCAAGCGCUGCCUCUACAUCUGGGGUCUUGGAAAAUUGAAGUCAUCAAAGUUACGGAGUUUGACCCAACUUUAUGUAAUGUUGUGUCGCUGGGGGUGGCUAGUCGUGGCUGGGGGGAGUUUCUUGAUUAGAACUCGUUGGCCACCGGGCAAAAAGUUACCAAUUAUCGACGUCCAACAAGCCUACCUUCUCCAGUACAUUUACGCCUAUGGACUCGGCCACCUCGCGUUCCAUGCAAGAAAGCCUAGGAUGGUGGGCUUGCUCGAGCGUGACGUGCCGGACUACACUCCCUUGAAACCGUCACCCAGGCUCUCAUUGGGCAAGGCAGUCGCCUUUUCCCUAGGAACGCUGCCGAUCUUGCUUCUUCCGGGGUUUCUGAAGAAGGAAAAAACUGGUCCACCAGCUGGCAGUGAAAUGGGCUCGAAUUUAGCGGGCUGGACCACGGCAGCAGCCUUCUAUGCCUUAUGGAAUGAAUUAUGCUUCAACAGUAUUGGGCCUGCACAAGUUAAUUACUUUGAACGAAACCAAAAUCAACCCGCAAAACGGAAGUUGUGGUCCCCUCGUUAUUCUUAUGGAGCAUUCCUCCUUCAUCCGCCGGUCUCGUGGGCUAUUGGAGAGGGCGUGGAUGCCCUCUUGUGCGCGGAAGGAAAACAACCAGCUUGGAUGAAGUCAAGAGUAUGGAAGGAUCUCGGACCUAUCCUCAUGACUGGAGUCGUGGGCACUGCUGAUCUUGUGGCCUCUUUCGCAACGAGCAUGCUGUUAGUGGACUAUGUACCAGGUGUUGGCAAGCUUAUCUGA